AUGGAACGGCUCGCAUCGUCCGAGUCCGAUUCAUCUGGUGUGGAACUAGAUAGUAAAGAUGAUGGUCUCACGGACACCGGCACUGACAGCAAUAACAACAAGAAGGACGAGGACUCUGCCGAGCAUAUUGUUCGAAAGACUUAUGUCGCCUGUUUUGUCGCCACUACUGUGUGCGGAUUUAUCAAUAAUACGGGUUACAACUUUGUCUUUACCGUUUCGCAAGACCUUGCGAAACAGUUCCAUCACGAAGAUGCUAUGUCAUCAUUCAGCAUGGUCUUGUUGGCUGCGUGUUUCGGCAUGACAAUAUUGCACUCUAAGUUCUUUCUACACUUCCCUUUUUUAGUCAGAAUUAUAGCCUGCCUGGUUCUACAAACUGUUGCCUAUGUCCUGCUUGCUAUAGCUUGUAAGAUGACUAAUGAUAAUGUUGGUUUCGGCCUAUCUCUGGCAGGAGCGGUCAGCACUGGCUUUUCUCAAGCACUAGGUGAAGUGCUGAAUCUGAGUCAGCUGCAUCACUUACCGCCUAGCCUUGUGGGUGGCUGGGGCCUUGGUACGGGCCUUUCGGGGAUUUUCGCUCCCCUUAUUUACAUGCUGUUUCUCAACGUCUUCCAUUGGUCUAGAUUUGUGAUCAUGUUGGUUAUGAAUGUACUUACGCCUAUAUACUUUGGUGCUUUCUUCUAUAUUAACCGUGAGGCGAAUAAGAGGACUGUCAAGGGCUCCAAGGAUGACGAGACGCAGAACUCAGCUGAACUCAACUUCAAGUCCUUCAUUGGCGUUUGCAAGCAUGCGGGGUUCAUCAUUUUCAACUUGGUCGCUGUGUACUUCCUUGAGUACUUCAUACAGUCUGGCUUCAUGGACAGGGCCUCUAUCAAUGUGGACAAGGUGCACUCUGCUUAUGUUGCUGCUAACUCUUAUGAAAUGAUGCUGAUUGGGUAUAAUGUUGGUGUUACCAUCUCUAGAUCGUCCGUGACUUUCUUCCGUAUUAAAUGGAUUUGGGUGCCGACCGUUCUUCAAGCAUGUAACGCCAUCUUUUGGGGUUUUGAGGCUACUACUCACUUCAUAAGGUAUGGUAUUGGUCUAGCCGGCUUUUAUCUAUACAUACCCUUGGCCGCUAUUAUUGGUCUAAUGGGAGGGCUUUCUUAUGUCAACUGUAUGUAUCAGAUACAACGUAAGGAGGAUAUCCCAGAUGACCUUAGACAGUUGUCGGUUAACUUGGGCUUUGCUUCUACUAACAUUGGUAUUGUACUGGCAAGUGGAUUGGAUUUGUGGUUGGCCAACACAGUGCUAAGUCAGUGCAACAUAUAUGACUGUAGUAAGCCUCCUCAGAUCUACAACUAA